AAUUCAUUCACUUCGAAACGUUAGACACGGGCAGGAGAAAUCUAGAAAACUGGGAAAUACUUUACACCAAAAUAUUUGAACGAAGAAUAAAGCUCAAGAUGAAGCCUUCCGCUUUGAGUGCGUGCAUUCGACAGAUUUGGAUCAUGGCCGGAUGGUUGCGUCACGAGGCAGCGGCCGCCGCUGGCAUGAUAGUGUUGCGGCGGGAAAAGGAACAAUCGACGGAGGACAAUCAAGGCGAGAUGCCCGAGGCUGAGGCGGUGGGCCAAGUGGGCGUCGAUACCGAGGGAAAGCCGCACAAGGUGCGCAUUCUUGACGACUACGUAGUGCCCUUUGAGUGCGGUCUCUGAUUUGACUGUACUUUAUUUUUGGGUGUGGUGUGCAACCGUUAUUCAUUUCACCUUUUGAUAGUGUGUACACACCGCGCACAAGUUAUCCGAUUCGAUAGUCUCUCGAUACCGAUAACCAGUAUCAGAACCGAGCCAAUGUCCCUCCACACCCAGAGCUGCGAUCACAAUUAAUGUUAUAAUUUGAUGAAAAUGUUAAAAAAAAAUUUGAUGUUAUUAAAAGAAAGUUUUUAAGUGGCAACA